CGAACCGGACAAGUAAGAACAACAUCUUCGUUGUCAGUAACGUUAAUAAAUAACGUAAAAGCUCCUGCGUUAUUUGGAACAAGAAGUGAUUUUCUGUGGUGUCAGGCGUUGAAAGAAACGCUAUUAAUAAAGCAAAAAGAAUCUUCGUAAGAGAAGUAACACGAACAACAAGACAACAGAAUCUCAAAUACAGUUCAAUCAAAUAUGCAAAUGAAGGACUUGAAGCGACUUUCGUCCACCAGAUGCGGGAAAGGAUCCUUCAUCGUGAUGGGCGUAGGAGUCCUCUUCCUGCUGUUCGGAAUCGCGUGCGCUGUCGGAGGAGUCGAUGAGGAUGACGACGGUGAAAGUCUGUUUGUCGUAGGAACCGCGAUCGGGAUUUCAUUUGGAGUAUUCUGCCUCAUCACGGGAGCACUCAUCUGCCUGUGUCAAGAUUGCUGUUGUUUCUGCAUGCAACCUUAUCCAGAGGUCCAACACGUUCCGUCUGGUCAGGGCUACUCACAGCAACAAUUUGUCAAUGGGGUGCAACCGAUACAACAGCCUCUUCACCAGCAACUUUACCCUCCGCAACCUUACUUGACCUCUCAGGCUCAACCUCCCUUCAGCCUGACCCAACAGCAAAGCUGGCCACUCAACGCCAACGAACAGUACACGCAUCCCGCAAAUAGGGUCACGACCUACGGUGACCUAACUAGACCAAUGGGCAUCAGUUCCUUGAAAGAGGACUCCAUCGUGCAGCAGAUCAGGGCAGUCCCUCAGGGUUACAUCAACCCUGUGUUUCCAGAGCCACAGGGAAGGUUUUAUCCCCAGCAAGCGACGGCCCCCAGCGCACCUGCCUUGGAUAUGAAUCCGCCACCAUAUGAGCCUUGAGAAGUGUGUUGUUUUGUUACUUAGUGGGUUACCUGGCGUCACAUCUGCUAGGGUUACUAUACUAGAUUCACAUCAACCGUGCAUUUGACGUCUAGGCCAGUCCCUUACGACGCUCCUGAUUGGCUGUUGAUAAGCCAAUCUCAGGGCUGGAAGCUCUCAGUCUCUCGAGAGUUCACAUAGGCAGGAUGUAUGUUCCAUCUCUCCUGAAAGACGUAUCCUUCAGGAGACACUGAGAGUUUCCAGCCCUGUGAUUGGCUUAUCAACAGCCAAUCAAGAGCGUCGUAAGGGACUGGCCUAGACAUCAAAUGCACGGUUGAUGUGACUCUACUAUAACAAUGAAGCCUUGAGAAGUAAGGGAAUUUAUUAAUCAGUGGUUUAUCUGGCGUCACAUCUGCUAGAGUCACCAACGCUUAAGUCUCGGGAAGUGAGGCGGAUUCAUUUCUAUCAUAAAGAAGUGAAACAGUUUCAACAACCGAUUGAUUUGUGAUUAUUAUGGUCUUAUAAUAUCAAAGUUCACCUUCAUCGAGUUUAGUAUAUCUUAGUUUAACCAGACCACUGAGCUGACUAACAGCUCUCCUAGGGUUGGCCCGAAGGAUUAGAUAUUUUUAUAUGGUUAGGAACCAAUUGGUUACCUAGCAACGUGACCUACAGCUUAUUGUGGGAUCCGAACCACAUUAUAUCGAGAAAUGCAUUUCUACUCCCCAGAAAUUAAUUCCUCUGAUUCCUCGUUGGCAGAGCGGAGAGUCGAACUCGCAACUACCGAACCGGUAGGCGAGCACGUAACCCACUCGUCCAACGAGGACUUCAUCUACAUAGAAAAUCCCACACAAAUAAGAUGAUGUUACAAUAUUAAGGGUCAUUGACGCAGAAUAUCUAAAAAAACUAAAAUAAAGAAAAAAUAGAAAAAAAAAAAAA